AUGUGCAUCGACUACCCCAUACCGCGCAUCGACGACGUAAUGGACCAACUGUGUGGUGCAACAGUUUUCUCGAAACUGGACCUACGGUCGGGUUACUGCCAGAUCAAGAUGGCGGACAACUCGAUCCACAAGACGGCGUUUCGUACAAGAUACGGCUCCUACGAAUACUUGGUGAUGCCGUUCGGACUCUGCAACGCACCGGCGACGUUCCAGGCAGAGAUGAACCACAUCCUCCGGCCCCUGCUGGACGAAUGCGUAGUAGUGUACCUGGACGAUAUCCUCAUCUACUCCAAGAACAUGAAGGAGCACGUGGAGCAUCUGCGGAAGGUGUUCGAGAUCCUGCGGAAAAAUAAGUUCUACGUGAAGCUGUCGAAGAGCGACUUCGCCCUGAAGAAGGUGCAGUUUCUCGGGCACAUGGUGAGUGCCGAGGGCGUACACGUGGACCCGCGGAAGAUCGAAGCCGUUAAAAAGUGGAAAGUUCCGGAGAACGUGAAGGAGUUACAGCAGUUCCUCGGCUUCGCCAACUACUACAACAGGUUUGUGCCGCAGUACGCUAAGAUAGCAGCGCCACUGACAGACCUACUGAAAAAGGAUACGCCCUUCAAAUGGGAUGCUCCUCAUCAGCAAGCCAUGGAGCAGCUACAGACAGCACUGACCACAGCGCCAGUACUCAUCCUACCGGAUCCAGACAAGGACUACGUAGUUGAAGCAGACGCUAGUGACCAAGCAGUCGGAGCAGUACUGAUGCAGGAUCACGGGAACGGUUUACAGCCUAUCGCCUACCUCAGUAAGAAGUUACACGGAGCAGAACUGAACUACCCCAUUCACGACAAGGAAGCCUUAGCUAUAGUCGUAGCCUUCAAGGCGUGGAGGUGUUACCUAGAGGGAGCCAAGACCACAGUCUACACUGACCACUGCAGUCUUAAGUACCUGAAGUCGCAGCCGACGCUCUCACGACGACAGGUGCGGUGGGUGGAUUUCUUGGAAACUCACUUCCACUACGACAUCGUCUACAAACCUGGGCUACACAACAAAGCUGACGCGUUGAGCCGCCCCGGUCAUGUAGCAGGCAUCCAGCUCGACGGGAUGAACCCUCUGCUCAAGGGUCUAUUCCAACAUGGGUACUCCGUGGAUGGCGAGAUCGCAACGGCAGAGAAACAGAAGCUGUUACAGUGGGAGAAAGACUUAGCUGUGACACCAGUUACAUUCCGCUUGCGCUUACCAGAUACGUGGAAGCUUCACAAUGCUUUCCAUGUUCAGCUACUGAAACCCUACAAGGACCCCAACCAACAGUUCCAGGGACGGCAGCUACCGCCACCUCCACCUGUUCUUGUGCAGGAUGAACCAGAGUACGAGAUCGAGCGCGUUCUCACUCAUCGGCGCCGCGGCGGCAAGACCCUCGAGUUCCUGAUACGCUGGAAAGGAUACGACCCCACUAAGGACAGUUGGGUUGCAGAAGUUGAUAUGGGCAACGCACGCCGUGCUCUCAAGGACUAUCUUGUCAAGCAGGGUGUAUCUCACGCCACCCAGCUUUAA